ACAGACUGCAUUGCCUAUAAAACCCCGGUAUUCCUAAACUUUUCGUUCUCACCUUUUCUCUGAUUUAUCUUUUUUGUUUGAUCAUCCUUUCCUCUGCCUCUCCUCUUUUCUCUCUCAUCUGGGGGUUCAGUUCUCUCUCAGAGUAAAGAAAAAAAAAAAGCAUCUUAAGAGAGAGAGAGAGAGAGAGAGAAUGGGAGCGUGUGCAAGCAAGCCUAAUGUGUUGAAUGGUGAAGUUCCUGAAGUGGCACAAGAAAAGGAUGUCGUCCAAGAAGAGGUGAAGAAGGAUGAGGCUGUCAUUGCCAAUGAUGAUGCCGACAAAAGCCCAUCUCUCAAUAAUGAAGAGGGGAAGGGUGCGGCAGAAGAGAAAGAGGAGACAUCAGUAAAAGCUUCUAAAGUAGAAUCCGAGGCCAAGACGACAGAGCUAGAAGUUGAGAAGGUUGUUGAUGAUGGUCCGAAAAAUGAUGCUGAUGAGAAGCAAAUAAACAACAACAACAACAGCAGCAACAGCAGCAUAUCCAAUAUAAUCCCACAAGUGGAGUCUGGAGAAGAAGUAAAAUCAGAAACUCCUGCCGAGAAGAAUGUGGAGGAAGUAGUAAAACCAUCAGUGGAGAGUGAGAAUAAAACAGAUGAUGAAGAGAAGCCAACAGCCACAGAAGAAGAAGCUACUGCCGAGAAGACAGUAGAGGAAGUAAAACCGGAAGAGAAACCAGCUGCCACUGAGGAUAAAAAAAUUGAAGAGAAGCCAGCAGCCGCAGAGGAUCCUAAAUCUGAAGCUUCGUCUGUGGAGAAGAAAAAAGAAGAUAAACCAGCUGUUACGAAGAAAGGAAAGUUUUGGUGGGAUAAGUGAACCAAAAUGCAUAACCAUUUAAAUUGAACAAGGCAUAUAUACAACUGAUUUUAUCUUCUUCAACAA